AAAUGUUACCUAGAGUUGGGGAGUAAACAGAAGUUUGUGAGUGUAUGAAAAAAGUUUGCCUACGGUUGGGGGAGUAAGCAAAAAUGAACAUUUAUUAUGACUUCUCUCCCGCUUCUCCCUCAGUAUAUUAUUCUAUAGUACUAUUAUUUGUGAUCAAGAAUGGAACACGAACUAAAGAAAGGCAUAAGUGACACAAGAGAUGUGAUAGAGAAUCAACAGGAACCACUACAAGAACAAAUACCAGAAUCAACAGCACAAGAUGAAUUCAUGGAAACACUGAAUGAUUGCUUGUUAACAUUUUCCCACCACAACCAACAGCAACAACAACAGCAACAGAUUUUGAUAAUCAAUAUAUUUGCAUCACAACAACCCUACCUACAACAACAGGAGGAACAACAACAACCACAACAGGAGGAACAACAACCACAACAGCAGGAGGAACAACAACAGCAACAACAACAACAACAACAGGAGGGACAACAACAGGAGGAACAGCAACAACAACAACAGGAGGGACAACAACAGCAACAACAACAAGAGGAACAACGACAGCAAACAACAGAUUCUGACAAUCAAUAGAUUAACAUCACAACAACAACCCUACCUACAACAAGAGCAACAACAAGAGCAACAACAACAGCAGCAACAACAGCAACAGAUUGUUAUAAUCAAUAAAUUAGCACCACAACAACUUAUCUUAGCAUUGCAGCAACAACAGCAACACCAACAACAACCCUACCUACAACAACAACCCUGCCUACAAAACAACAACAACAACAGAUUUUGAUGAUCAAUAUAGCAUCACAACAACAGCAACCCUACCAACAACCCAAUCACCACCAACGUCCACCUACACCCCACGUACAACCCCAAGACAUCUCAAGAUCACGAGUAAAUAAUGUAUUUAACCAAGCCGACUCAUCGACAGUUAAUGACAAUAAUACACUGAGCCAAUCCGACCCACCACCUUUUCUCCAACCAGCAGUUAAUCGUCCCGGUUCGCCUGGGGGUCGAAACACUCCUGUCCCUCCCUCUCUUAAACGAUUAUCCGACUCAGAGUCUUUCUCCCCCUCUAAGAAAAAAUAAGUAAAUGAUGUUGACGAUGGUGGUGGGGUGGUGGUGGGGUGGUGGUGGUGGUGGUGGUGGUGGUGGUGGGGGUGAUGAUGGUGAAAGGGAAUUUUCGGUUGAAACAACUCGAGCUGGCCAUUGAACUGGUGAUGGUGGCGAUGAUGAUGAGGAAGAAUUUUUUGUUUUGUUUUGUUUCAGUAACAUGGCAAUUGCGGACUUCAUAGAAAAGGGUGAUUUACUUGAAACAGGCGAGACACUCAGAUCUAUGUUAAGUGAACUGAUAGCACCUUUCUUUAAAA